AUGCCCUUACAGGGAUCAGUUUCAUUCAAGGAUGUGACUGUGGACUUCACCCGGGAGGAGUGGCAGCAACUGGACCCUGCUCAGAAGGCCCUCUACAGAGAUGUCAUGUUGGAAAACUAUUGUCACCUCAUCUCUGUGGGAUUUCACAUGACUAAGCCUGAUAUGAUCUGCAAAUUGGAACAAGGGAAAGAACUAUGGACAACAGAGAAAAUUUUUCAAAGUCAGAGUUACCUAGAAGAAGAUUGGAAAGCUGAAGAUGUUUUAGUGAAAUUCAAAGAAUACCAAGACAGGCAUUCUAGGUCAGUUAUAUCCAUCAACCACAAAAGACUAAUAAAAGAGAGAAGUAACAUUUGGGGGAAAACAUUUACUAUCGACAAGAACCGUAUUAUUUCAAAAACAACACUACAUGAAUAUAAACCUGAUGGAAAAGUUUUAAAAGAUAUUUCAGAAUUAGUCAUUAGAAAUAUAAGUCCUGUAAGAGAGAAGUUUAGUGAGAGUAAUGGAUGGGAGAAAUCACUCCUUAACACUAAACAUGAGAAAAUUCAUGCAGCAGUGAAUCUCUGUAAACAAACAGAAAGGAGUCUCAGUGGUAAACAAGAGCUUAUUCAGCAUCGGAAGGUUCAAACUCCAGAGCAACCAUUUGAACAUAAUGAAUGUGAAAAACCCUUCCUUAUAAAAGGAAUGUUACUUACGCAUACCAGAGCUCAUGGAGGAGAAAAAUCCUGUGAAUACGAUAAAGAUGGCACAGCCUUCAUUGAAAAGUCAACUCUCAAUGUCCACCAACAAAAUAUUAUGGAGAAGAAGCCCCACUCAUACAGCAAAUAUGGGAAAUUCCUCUGUAGGAAGUCCAUUUUUAUCAUGCAUCAGAGAUCUCAAACAGAAGAGAAACCCUUUCAUUGUCCUUACUGUGGGAAUAACUUUAGAAGGAAGUCGUACCUCAUUGAACAUCAACGAAUUCACACAGGUGAGAAACCUUAUGUUUGCAGUCAAUGUGGAAAAGCCUUUCGUCAAAAGACAGCCCUCACUCUUCAUGAGAAAACACACUUAGAGGGGAAACCCUACAUUUGUAUGGAUUGUGGGAAGUCCUUCCGCCAAAAGGCAACCCUUACUAGACAUCACAAAACACAUACAGGAGAGAAGGCCUAUGAAUGUACUCAAUGUGGAAGUGCUUUUAGAAAGAAGUCUUACCUUGUUGAUCAUCAGAGAACACACACAGGGGAGAAACCAUAUCAAUGUAAUGAAUGUGGGAAGGCAUUUAUCCAGAAGACAACCCUCACUGUACAUCAGAGGACUCACACAGGAGAGAAACCCUAUAUUUGCAAUGAAUGUGGGAAGUCCUUCUGCCAAAAGACAACUCUCACUCUCCAUCAAAGAAUUCACACAGGGGAGAAACCCUAUAUUUGUAAUGAAUGUGGGAAGUCCUUCCGCCAGAAGGCAAUCCUCACUGUUCAUCAGAGAAUACAUACAGGAGAGAAAUCCAAUGGAUGUCCUCAGUGUGGGAAAGCCUUUAGUAGGAAAUCUAACCUCAUUCGCCAUCAGAAAACUCACACUGGAGAGAAACCAUAUGAAUGUAAAGAAUGUGGGAAGUUCUUCAGUUGUAAGUCAAACCUCAUUGUCCAUCAAAAAACUCACAAGAUAGAAACUGUGAGAAUUCACUAA